AUGUAUGUCUCUCUCCGGGCUGAUCUGCGGCACCAAUUUCGGCGCUAUUCGAGCGGGUAUCGGUGGACACUACCUAAGUGUAUCAAGGACAUUGCACAAAACCCUCCCCAGAUUGGCGACAAAAUCAAGCUGAAUGGAUGGGUGAAGUCUUUGAGAAUAUCCAAAAAUGUUGCAUUUGUCGACCUCGUUGACGGUUCCUCGCACGAAGACAUCAAGUGUGUUGUUCGCCCACCUUCGCUUCUUCCAAAAGCACUGAAUACUGGUGCUGGAGUCCAAAUAUCAGGUGUCUGGUCAGAAAGUAAGGGGAGACAGAAUUUCGAGCUACAGGUGACUGAGCAGUCCGAAUCGCAGAUCCAGGUAUAUGGUGGAGUUGAAGAGCUGUAUCCAUUGCAAAAGAAAACACAUUCCAGCCAAUUCCUAAGAAGCAUCCCUGAAUAUCGGUGGAGAGUGCCUGAGGCCGUCUCUAUUCUUCGGAUGAGCUCUAAACUAGAGUCUUCCUUCUCAAAGUUUUUCGAGGAACACUCGUUCUUCAAAACCCAUCCACCAAUGGUGACAAGUAGUGACUGUGAGGGGGCCGGUGAGCUUUUCCGAAUUGAGUCAGAGUCAAAGCUUGGCAGUCCAGAGCAAUUCUUUGGUAAGAAAGCAUACCUGACAGUUUCGACUCAAUUGCAUCUUGAAGUUUUAUGUGCAGCCUUAGGUCGUGUCUGGACGCUUACUCCAUGCUUCCGUGCUGAGGAAAGUGACACAAAUCGCCACCUAUCUGAAUUUUGGAUGUUAGAGGCAGAGAUAGCUUUCAUUGACGACGUGAGCCAACUGACUCGAUUUUCAGAAGAGCUGCUGCGCUACGUAGCUCGCACCGUUCAAAAUAGUGGGUUUGAUGAAUUUCCCGAGGAGACUAAACAACGUUGGGACAUGUUGGCGAAUGGCGUUUACACUCAAAUAUCUUACUCAGAAGCUAUAGAUCUCGUGCGCCAAAAUCCAACCAAUUUCAAGACAGUGCCAACGUGGGGAGACAGCCUGGGCUCUGAGCACGAAAAGUGGCUUGCUGGCGAAUAUUAUAAGGGCCCUGUGUUCGUGACGAAUUAUCCUGAAGACCAAAAACCUUUUUACAUGAAAAAAAACAAUGAUGGUAAAACCGUCGCUUGUUACGAUUUGCUGAUUCCACAAAUUGGAGAGCUGAUUGGCGGAUCUUUGAGAGAGCAUGAUUUGCACAAGUUGGAGCAGGAGAUUUCUGACCGGCAAAUGGAUAUCGGCCCACUACAAUGGUAUCUUAACCUCAGAAAGAACGGAAGCGUGCCACAUGGAGGUUUUGGCAUGGGCUUUGAAAGAUUGCUCCAGUAUAUGAGUGGAGCUGAGAACAUACGCGACACCAUUCCAUUUCCUAGAACAACAAAGCAUUGUGCAUGUUAG